GCCACGUCACGAUGGGCGGAGCUUCGUCGGAGGCAAAAUGGCGACCACCUACAGCAGCUUCAGUUUGCACACGACACCUGAGAAGUUCUACAUCGAGGCGUGUGACGAUGGCGCUAACGAAGUUCUCGCUAUCGACCGGGUGUCUACAGAGAUGAUGCUGAUAGGCAUGAAGGACAUCCCGCCUUCAGCAGUGACGCGACCGAUCUGCGGCAUCAUGGGAACGAUACGUCUGGUUGCAGGCAUGUACCUCAUCGUGAUCACCAAGAAACGGAAAGUGGGGGAUCUGCUGGGACACGCCGUGUGGAAGGCUGUCGAGUUUGACGUGAUCUCGUAUAAGAAGACGGUGCUGCACCUCACAGACACGCAGAUGCAGGACAACAAGGCCUUCCUCGCCAUGAUCAACAACGUCCUAAACACUGACGGCUUUUACUUCGCCACCGACUACGACCUCACACACACACUGCAGCGCCUCGCCAACACCAGCCCUGAGUUUCAGGAGAUGAGUCUGCUGGAGAGGGCGGAUCAGAGGUUUGUGUGGAACGGAUACUUGCUAAGAGACUUCAGCACACAGCCUGAGCUGCACCGAUUCGCCUGUCCUGUCAUCCACGGCUUCAUCGCUAUGAAGUCCUGCUGCAUCAACGGGAAAGUCUUUGACUGGAACCUCAUCUCCAGGAGGAGCUGUUUCCGUGCCGGUGUUCGCUACUACGUCCGAGGAAUCGACUCCGAGGGCCACGCGGCUAACUUCGUAGAGACAGAGCAGAUCGUUCAAUACAAUGGCGCCAAGGCUUCGUUUAUACAAACACGUGGCUCCAUUCCGUUCUACUGGUCCCAGCGUCCGAACCUCAAAUACAAACCCAAGCCUCAGAUCAGCAAGAGCGGCAAUCACCUGGAUGGUUUCCAGAGACACUUUGACUCGCAGAUCAUAACCUACGGCAAACAGGUCAUCCUAAACCUGAUUAAUCAGAAAGGUUCUGAAAAACCCCUCGAACUCGCCUUUGCCAAGAUGGUGGAGAAUCUCGGCAACGACAUGAUUAAGUACGUGGCGUUUGACUUCCAUAAGGAGUGCAGCAGGAUGAGGUGGCACCGGCUGCAGAUCCUGGUGGACACGGUGGCCGGGCAGCAGAAUGAGUUCGGCUUCUUCUUGGUGGAUGCAGACGGAACGGUUCAAGUGCAGCAGGACGGGACGUUUCGUAGCAACUGUAUGGACUGUCUGGACCGUACCAACGUGGUUCAGAGCCUCCUGGCCAGACGAUCGCUUCAGGCUCAGCUGCAGAGAAUGAACGUCCUCCAUAUUGGACAGAGGAUCGAGGAUCAGACUGAGUUUGAAAAGAUCUACAAGAACGCGUGGGCUGAUAAUGCUAAUGCCUGUGCUAAACAGUACGCUGGUACAGGAGCGCUGAAGACAGACUUCACACGGACAGGGAAGAGGACGCAGUGGGGGUUGGUGAUGGACGGCUGGAACUCAAUGAUCAGAUAUUACAAGAAUAACUUUUCAGAUGGAUUCAGACAGGACUCCAUCGAUCUGUUUUUAGGAAACUAUGCUGUGGACGAAGUGGACAUGAUCACUACUCUCCAUGAAGCCAAAGACUGGAAGUUCCUCACGCUGCCCAUCAUCAUGGUGGUGGCGUUCUCCAUGUGCAUCAUCUGCCUCCUCAUGGCUGGUGAGACGUGGACGGAGACCUUGGCGUACGUCCUGUUCUGGGGAAUGGCGAGCGUCGUGACCGCCGGCGUGAUCCUCUUUAAUGGCCGAGACUUCGUGGACGCGCCCCGGCUGGUCCAGAAGGAGAAGAUGGACUGAGAAUGCGUGUGUGGAAAGCAGCUGGGUCCCGUCGACUCUUCGUUCUCGUCCUCAUCCCCGUCCUCGGGACUUACCCCCUCUCGUCUGCGCCGUGACUGGAGCCUGUACUGAACAUCACCCUGUCAUCUCCGUUUUGUCACCGGGGGGGGGAGCGAGGGAGAGGAGGAGAAGAAGAAGAGCAGGGGCCAGGCGGGGCCAAAUGGGUGGGUGUUGCUAAAUGGGAGACGGACUCAAAAUCACGCCCACCCGCUGCUCUCCACACUGCAGUUUCAUCUCAGAGGAACAGGCCGGCCUGAAGGGGGCGCUUGUUUAUAAGCUCAGAGCUACACUGGAGUAACCACAUCUGUGUGACUCUUCAAUGUCUCUCACACACACGUACACAGACCAUAACGUAGCUUUUAUUUUAGUAUCAAUUGAAGUUUAAAUCCUAAAACAAAACUUUCUGCCACUUGUGACGAUAUUUUAACGUCAUUCACGUGUGACUGCAGGUAUCGUCUGCUGUUUUUUUUUUUUCACUAAACACUAAAGCCAAUUGCAUGUGUCAUAAAAAAUCAAGUCCAAUCCCAGAUUCUGUAAACAAGUGUUUAUUUUUAUAAACACUGAAAUGAUUAACAGGAUCCUGUAUUUCCUCACAAAUGCGCGCACACACACACAAACAACAAAAAAACAACAGUAUCUUGAAAUAUGUGACAUGUCUGGAAAAAAAAGCAUCAAGUGUUACAUGAUUGUUUAUCGCUGUGCUGCUCGCCUCUGUGCCAAAACUGAUAUUUACCGUUAGUUUUAGAGUUUUCUCAUGACACACAGGAGCUCCAAAAUACAUUCAAAAAUACGCCAAGUCUUGUUUUUUUUUUUUUUUUUUUUUGGUAAGAUGAAAAUAAUAUACAAUCUACUCGACAUGACGCACAGAGAUCCCUCUUUGACUUGAACGCCCUCAAAACUUUUUUCGAUCAAUCCACCAUUUUUUUUUUUUUUUGCAGAAAGAGACGAGGAACAUCAAGAUUAAACAGGCCAUAGCACUAAUAAAGCAUUACUGGUGGAAUAUUAUUAAUAAAAAAGUGAUACACAACGAUCGGAAUUGAAACGUUACAAGCAGCAGAUUGACUAAUCUUUUUAAUAAAAAAUACACAGUAUUUCUCUUCAGCGUUGCCAAGUAUGAACCAUUCGAUCCACCAUUUUAUUUGUUCAUUGUUCAACUACACAUCUUUUGAUUAUAAAUGGUUCUUAAUUCAGACAUGGAGAUCCAUGACUAUUUAAAACUUAUUUUACGCCUGGACGGUUCUCCUCCCAUAACACCACCCUAAACCCUGAGCAUCAAGUGUGCCACACUUUUUUCAAUCAUAUUAGCUUGCCAAGUUGCUCAUGAGCAGGGGGAAAUAAAUUGAGGUUAAAGUAUUGCCUUCACUUUACCUCACAUUGAGAACGGAUCGAUCGUAGCGCAGCUAGCCACGUUCACCAGGUUGCUCGCAAUCACGUGGUCAGACAUUGAUAAUACGAAUAAGCUACAGAUAUCUCAAGCUGAGACUGGAAGAUAAACCAUGUUUUAUUUCAUUUAUCGUGUGCCUUUUUCUUUUUGCCUUCAUUUCAUUGUUUUGUCCAUUUUCAUUUCACGGAACGGAAAAAGGAUCAAGACCUGAUAAAAGUCACCCAAGUGAAAUAUGAUAUAAAUUGUUUAAAACAAACUGCUCCGAUUUUUUAUCACAUUUUGCUAUUAUCUCUUUUCAUGUGUUUAAAUAAAGUUCUUUGAAAGCACUCUCAUUUUUCAAAAUGGCGUAAGCUCGUAAGCUUAGUGCUUAAAUCUUUUCCAGUGUAAUUUUAGCCUCAGACAGUCUUUUCUCUCGAAUUAACCAGCACAUCUGAGGAAAAUGUUGACGUUCUUGACCUUUUUGUCUCGUUUCCAUCGUCGCUGUGCCUUUACGACGUCCCCAUGAACGCCUUUUUAAUUGCCUUUUAAAUGCUGUGUGCUAGCUAGCUACGUUUUAAGCUUCAAGUGUUAGCCUUAUUUAUUCCCAUGAUGUUAAUGAAAUGAAACUUGAGUGUGAUGUUGCAUGUUAAACCAUUUCAAAGUGUCCUUUUUGUCUGUGUGCGUGUUUUUUUAUUUUAUUUCAGCAUCGCUAAAGUGCUAAAACAUUAAUGAUUUGAGGGAGAUUUUGAAGAAUUGCACGUAAAUUAAGAGCUUUAAGACAGCUUUAUAUUUGCUCAGUCUCCUUGUAAUUGUGUUUUAUAUCAUAAAUUUUAUGUAAUUAAAUUUCAGCACAUGUCUGGUAAACAAGUUUAUCUGGCUACAUGCAGUGAUCUCAUGACCUUGUGGAGUGGGACCAAGGACAAGUUACUCACCUCUGACCUCUGCCACAGUUAUUUUUUUGUAUGUAAAUGUGUGUGUUAAUUAAUAUACGUUUGUGCAUUUCAACUUUGUAGCUUUGUAAAUUCCAUGUUGAAUGGAUCGCCCGCCUUAACCCUUAACCUUAUUGGAGAAUGUAAAAUCAACAUCGAAUCAUUUUGUCGUAGAAGAAAAAAAAACAGUUAAACUAAUUUCUGUAUUGUACUUCCUUUUCCCAGCAACCGCUUUGGUCUGAAUGUAUGACUUUCCAGAUUGGUCAGUUUGCCUGUAGAGUCUCAGACAAAUCCUCUGUUCAGCUAGUUUUAAUGCCAAACCUUUACAAAUCACUUUGUUCAAUGCGUUGUACUGUAUACAUUUAUAGUAUAUUUAAUUAAAGAUGCACUAGGAUCGAAUCUGA